AAACCAAUGAAGAUCUACAUUAUUAUUUUGUCUUUCAGAUACGCAAGAAUAUUUGAAAUUGUCAAAUCUGUUGAGACUCUGCGCUGUAUGGAUUUAAUCCAUUACAAUAUUUGUCAAGCAGAAGUACACGAAUACAUCUGUCACAGAAUAUAUGCAGAUGAGAUAGUACAACUUCAAAGUUGCACAUUUGAUUACAAGCAUUCCUGCUUUAAACUUAGUCCAAUGUCUGGAGAAAUUUGGCCACAGAGCUCAAUAGACGUACUGUUGGUAUUUGAUCCUGAUGAAAUAGGAGAGAUCACUAGUGUGGCUUAUUUGGAAAUUGAUGGGCGCGAAGAUCGGAUUCCUAUAAAUUUCACUGGAAUAUGCAUAGGACCGACAUUUUCUUUAAAUAUAGUCACUGCUGACGUGGGUUCCAUUUUUUUGUGCUCCGUUCACAAUUACGAGAUAAUCUGUGUCAAUAAAGGAUUCAUUCCUGGGACCUUGAUCUAUCGAUCAAAGCCUACGGAUUUUGGUGGUAAAAUAGAAGUGACCCCAACCUGUUUGAAAUUACAACCAGAAGAGCACAAAUCCUUCAACGUGGCAUUUUCAUCGAAGAAAACAGGCGAAUUCGUAGAGAGAAUUGAUUUCGUAGUAAAGGAAAGUCUCGAGACAAUAUCCAUGUACAUUAAAGGUAACGUAAUACGUCCGACCCUGCAUUUUGACAAGGAUUGUCUGGAUUUCGGCGUGACAGCAGUCGGAUUUACAACAAAGCACGAGGUUUGCCUUCACAAUCUAUCCUUAGUCCCAGUAACGUUUCAAAUGAAUGUUCUGGGCGACGGUAGUCAUUCUGCAAUAAGCCACCACGAUUUUGCUACGUCAAUCAAUAAACCAAAAUUGGAAGCUCGUCCUCGAGAAUUUAACAUAUUCCCAAAAAGGGGUGUAGUAAUGGCACACAAUUUUUUGAGGGCCAAAAUAGCCUACACACCCAACAUAGUCAAAUACGGUCAAACUGCAAUUCAGGUUGACAUGUGGGACUCUGAUUCUGAUCCUGUGAUGCUGCCAAUAACAUUUCAUGGAAAAGUUGCAACCCUCGUGGUAACACCGGCUGAAAUCACCAUAAGAUUUUGUUUCAUAAACUUUCCAUAUACGCGCACCAUCACCAUAGGGAAUACAUCUGACGUUGAAGGAUACUUUUAUAUUAUUCCACAAUCCCUUGGCGUCUCGACCACCAUGUUGUACUCCUUGUCAAUUUAUCAGGGAUACCUGAAACCAUUGCAAUCAAAAAAUGUAACGAUAACAAUAAUGACAAGCGUCUUGGGAACACAGCAGACACACUUGUAUCUUCUCACAUUUGGGGAAGAAAAUCCAACAAUAUGUUGUAGUCUUAUUUGCAAUGGACAAGGACCUGUUGUCUCUGUAAAGCCUAGACACUUGGAUUUUGGUGAAGUGUUGUUGUUGCGCAAUGUUACAUUACCAUUGAUGCUCAUAAGUGAUUCGCCAAUCCCAGCAUCAUAUAGAGUGUCCAUAAAUAGAAAAAAAUCACCCUGGACGAUACGACCUACAAGUGGAGAAUUAGAAUCUAAUCAACAAUGGAAAAUACUCUGA